AUGUUCGCCCACCCUUAUGACCAUUCGUUCAAUGACUUAUUCAAUCAAUACGUCAACAUGGAUACGUCAAGUACCGAUGGUAACAAAGACCUUUCAUUCUCCGGCGAUCUUGACCAGAUGUUCUCCCUGGAUCCCCUACCCAGCGACUGUGGCGAACACUCUCCCUCCGUUUCCACCUCACAGCAACCCCAGCAGUCACCCCAGCAGCAACAGCAGACGUGGGGAAAGGACGUGUGGUCGUUGCCGCCGGAUACUGCUCCCUCUGCAGGUCCCGGCCCCCUUGCAUUUCAAGACUCGAUCCAACCCUCCGCGGUCUCCGAUCUGAAUUCCAACCUGGACAUUCCUUCCGCCGAUCACCACCCCCCUGCUGCAGACACCGGCCGUUCCUCACCGUCCACACCCCCGCAGACUCCUAACCGCAAGAACAAGAGUGCAUUGCUCACUCCCAAGUCGAUUCGUCGUCACCGCGAGCCGAAUGGCCGUGGGCACCUGCGCAAACAGAGCUUCUCCCCUGGUUUGACGCGCACCUCGCAGCUCCAGAAAGGGAGAAUGGCGUACCCCGACGCAUGGGCGCAGCGAUUGCAGCAGAACUUCAACUUCCGUAGUGCCGAUGAUCGUCUGCCGCUGUCACCGCCGCCGUCCGAUAUCCUCGUGCAGCAGGAGAAUAUGGCGGCCGCUGACAACUCCGCCAUGAAUCCCGCGGGGGAUUCGGCCGAGAUGCCUCAUCACUACGAUUCGGGACUCUUCCACCCCUCCCCCGCGAUCUCCAUGCCUUCGCCUUCCGCGAAUACCCUGGCCCGGCAACCCCCGCGGUAUCUCAGCCAAUCCCACAACUCCACCUUGACCUCCAGUCCUCCCCCGGCGGACGACAUCUUCUCCUCUCCACAUUCCUCCGACCCGCAGUCCCUCUCAUCGUGGCAUUCUGACUCCCUUGGCUCGUCGACGUUUCCUUUCACGCCGGAUCUCGGCAGCCACGACGCCCAGGCAUGGUGGGCGUCCCCCAUGGCGGGCCAGGUUGCGCCCCGACAACCGUCAUACCAGCCCAUAAUUGCGUCCCCGACCCCACAGCGGCCCAUGCAGAACAACCAGCAUGACAUGCUGCAAGGGGGCCUCAUGAUCCAGCUCGACCCCUCCUCCUUCGAUAUGUCCACCGCGAGCUCCUCUUUUCCCCCGUCGACCAUGCCGACCGCCCCCACCACCCAAGAUACCCACGCUUACCACACCCCCGCACCUCCGUCCCAAAGCUUCGUGGACUCCUCUUCCUUCACCACGCCCAACGGCCAACAUCCAUCACGAUCGCCGUCCAUGUCCCCCGGGACGGGUGGGUCCCCCGGAAUGGGGUCCACCAUGCCGAACGGCAUCGCCAUGAAGACGCCCCAGCGCCGCCCUCACGGCCGGAAACUGUCCGGCCAAUCGAUGAGCGCACCCCGGCCAGUCAAGGGUUCUAGCCCUAAGAACUCCAACAAGUCGGUCACCGUCUCGUUUGUGAACUUCACUCCCAGCGAUAGCCGGAAGAUCCUCGGCGGGGUUGCCCCCAGCGGCAGCUCCAAAACGAAAGCCCGACGCGAGCAAGAGGCUCGCGAUCGACGGCGCAAGCUGAGCGAGGCUGCACUGCAGGCAGUCCGCAAGGCUGGUGGGGACGUGGAUACCCUCGAAGCCAUUCUAUACUAG